AUGGCCAGUAGGAGUGCCACACACAGCCUCGCCGCCGCCUGCCAGACGGCCACCACGGACUCACGGGGAACAGACAGCAAGAAGCCGGAAGCACCUGCACUCAAGGUUGGUGAGGGAAGCUCUUCCUCUCAGGUUCUGGUGAAGCCAGGGCACAGAGAGGGGCUGCUACAGCCCAACAAGCAGAAGCAGCUAGCAACUUCUCGCUCUCUGGUCCAUUAUUUGAGGGGCCGUGCGGUGAGCACUUGGAGCAGCGCCAGGCUCCUGGGCUUCGAGGGUAAGCUGCACAGCUCUACGGUGCUGAGGCUGCCCGAGAUACUGACUGAGCGCCAGCUGGCACUGGGCACCCUCAACAAGAUUUUCGCCUCUCAGUGGCUAAACUCCAGGCAGGUGGUGUGUGGCACCAAGUGUAACACGCUCUUUGUGCUGGACGUACAGUCGGGCCAAAUCAAUCGCAUCCCCCUGAUUCGGGACAGGGUGCCCAUUCUGUCCCGGGAUCAGCCAACCACUGGCAUCCAUGCCAUUGAACUAAAUCCCUCUAAGACGCUUUUGGCUACCGGGGGUGAAAAUCCCAACAGCCUGGCGGUCUACCAGCUACCCACCCUGGAUCCCUUGUGCCUGGGUGACCGACAUGCUCACAAAGACUGGAUCUUCUCCAUAGCCUGGUUGAGUGAUACUGUGGCUGUGAGUGGCUCCCGCGAUGGCACCAUGGCCCUGUGGCAGGUGGAUCCUGACAGAAAUGCCAGCAUUGCCCUGCAAAACGAUGGGAAGUUCCCUGUGUAUACCCACAUCUAUCCAAAGCACAUAGAGGCUAUCCCCAAGGCCAACAGCAACAUAGGUAACCACAGAGUGCGGGCCCUGGCCUUCAGUGGCAUGAACCAGGAACUGGGAGCCGCGUCUGUGGAUGGCUACUUCCACCUGUGGAAAGCUGGAAACACCCUAUCCAGGCUGCUGUCCUUCAGGCUGCCUUAUGGCCAGGAAAGUAUGUGCCUAACCUACUGCAAUGACUUUUCCCUGUAUGUAGUGGGCUCUUAUUCUCAUGUAACCUUCUUGGAUCUGCGCAGAGGCCACCAAAACAUUCAGCCCUUGAGUCUCUAUGAGUGUGGAACAGGUGUACGCUCCCUGAGUGUCUACCAGCACAUAGUCACUGUGGGCACAGGCCAUGGCUCCCUACUCUUCUAUGACAUCCGUGCCCAGAAGUUCCUGGAAGAGAGGGCCUCAGCCAGCCUGGACUCUUUUCUGGGACCCACAGGGAGGAAGCUCAAACUCACCUGUGGCAGAGGCUGGCUCAACCGUGAUGAACUCUGGGUGAAUUACUUUGGUGGUGUGGAGGAGUUCCCCAAUGCCCUCUACACUCACUGCUACAACUGGCCUGAGAUGAAGCUUUUUGUAGCUGGGGGACCUCUCCCUUCAGGCCUCCAUGGGCAUUAUGCAGGCCUCUGGAGUUAA